AUGAAGAGCUACCUGACUGACAGAGGUUUGCGCAUAGAUGUGGGUGAUCUCGUUCUGAAGCGCGUGCUUUGCAGCACCAUCAAGAGCACAGUGUCCGUGGCCGGCUGGCAUGGGCAAAUCGUGGCUUUGAAGCAGCUCAAGAUGGACCCAUUGACAGAUGAUCCAGAGGAGAAUGAUGCAAAGUUGACCGAUCUGAUCAAUGACAUCCUCAUUCUCAGUGCGGUAAGCCAUCCAUGUGUGGUAAAGAUGCUUGGCGCAAGCUUUGACACAACCGAGCCCAUGCUGCUAACAGAAUUCCUUGAGAACCAGGAUGUUGAGACGUUCAUGCGCAAGCGACGGGUCGCUUCCGUUGAUGGGUUGUGGAAGCCACGGUUUCCUUUGGCGAUGCGUUGGGCACUCUCCACUGCUACAGCCUUGGCAUAUUUGCAUGGCUUAGCACACCCCAUCAUCCAUCGGGACCUCAAGCCCUUGAACAUGUUCCUCACAAAGCACUUGGAGGUGAAGAUCGGCGAUUUCGGAUUGGCCAAGAUGAUGCCAAGGUGUGGCGGCUGCCAUGAAGGUGUGGAGAUGUCGGGAGGAGUUGGGACCUGGCGUUACAUGGCUCCAGAGAUGGCUCGCCAUGAGGCCUAUGAUGAAAAAGUGGACAUCUAUGCUUUCAGCAUGAUCCUUUAUUUUAUAUUUUCAGGGAGACAGCCAUUCUACUCCUAUGGGAAAGACCUCGAUGUGGUGUUGCAAGCAUACCAAAAAGGUACUUCAGCACAGGAAUUUCAUAUAAUGCGCAUCCAGUAUGACCCAGUGGCCAAGCCAUUGGAGACCUUGGUGGGCAGAACUGAAACGCUCAAUGCCUCGGUCAUCUCGCUUUUGCUUCCCCAAGCUGGGGCCUUUUGCUUCCGGGAGGAUGCUGGAAUUGGUGAGCUCGAGUGCUUCGAGAAGGAUGCUGCUUUGGGAGGCCUGUUCAACUACGGCCUCAACAAAACCGGAGUGUAUGACAACUGCGUCCUGACCAUCAGCAACUACUUGAUGGCAUUCUCUGACAUGCCUCCCACGGGGCACCGCUACCACUGGCACCAUUCAGAGUACCGGAGGUAUUUGGAGGACUAUGCCAAGAAGUUUGGCUUGGAACGGCACAUCUCCUUCAAUAUGACUGUCGCCUCAGUGGAAGGUGGUCCAGGCCGAUGGCAUGUCGUGACCCAAGAUGCUGCCGGUCACUUGCUGGAUCGUGGCAUCUACGAUGCGGUGGCCGUUUGCUCUGGCGCCCACCAAGCCAUCAACAAGCCCACCUUGCCCGGCUUAGAGAGCUUCAAGGGUGAGGUUAUCCAUAGUAAUUAUUACAAGAACAGCGCGCCGUUUGAGGGCAAGGAGUGCGUGGUUGUGGGCCUCGGUGAGAGUGGCGCGGACAUCGUGCGAGAGAUCUCUGAGGUGGCCAGCUCCACGGUCUUGGCCUUGCGAAGCUACCCCUAUUUGAUCCCUCGCCUGGCGCGGCCCUUCCACUCGAACCCGUUGGGAUGUUCUUCAGAUGCCUUCACGUCGCAUUUGCGUCACGACUACCUCCUGGUCCCUAUGCGGCAUUACCGAAGGUUAAAGGACUUUCUCAAUCGGCUCAUGUGCACGCUAGCAGCGCUGUUGUUCUUCUUCUUCCCCUUCCUGGGGACAGGUGAUCAUCCUUACAAGGAAGACGCAUUUCACCAGGAUGCCUCGGCGAACUACUUGGACAAGGAGACCCGCUAUUCCUGGGAGGUGGCCAGUCUCAUCUACCACUGGUGCAACCGUUCGGGGCAGCAGGAGCUAGGCCAGAAGUUUGCGUGCAAGAAUGUGAUGUUCAUGGAGAACGUGGCACGUGGCAGGAUCCGAACCAAUCCAUCGGGCAUCGAUCGCCUUGAGGGAAACUCGGUGAUCUUCCGCGAUGGCGCCACGGUGACGUGCGACUGCCUGGUUCUUUGCACUGGCUAUCGUGACGUGUUCCCCUUCCUGAAGGGAGAGAUAGGUGACACUGGACUUCCACUCCAAGUGCCCGACAACAACGUGCGCCGGCUUUUCAAGCAUGUCUUUCACCCGCAGAUCGGCCGGAGCAUGGCCUUCAUCGGCUUCGUUCGGCCCUCCACUGGAGGGAUCCCAGCUUGUGCUGAGAUGGCGGCCCGCUACUUCGCACUGUUGUUGAGCUCGCAAAGACAGUUGCCCAAGGACCUGGCGCGGCGCACCUCUGAGGAUCAUGACUUGGACCAACGCUACUUUUGCCUCUCUCCUGACGUGAAAACCCUCGUGGGUUACAAAGACUGGAUGGACUCCAUGGCAGAGCUGGUCGGUUGUGAGGUGCAGCUCUGGAGAUAUGUCUUUCAACCCAAGCUCUUCGUGCGGCUGUGCAUUGGUUCCCUGCUGCCCUGCCAGUACCGCUUGAGGGGUCCUGGAAGGCUCUUGGAGGCCAAAGAAGCCGUCUUGCGGCUCCCAGUCGCAGCGACGCCGGCGCAAAGUCUGUCGGAGGCGAAGCAAACCUGGCUGCGGCACUUGCGCCUGAAGCGCCUUUGGCCAGGCGAUGAGUGA